CCACCCUUGGCCUACCACCCAAGCCAACCGGCGCCUUGACGGCGCAGAAGAGUAGACAGACCACGAUGGAGUACACUCCUCUUGAAUAAUAUCCAUCCUCUCUUGAAUACCAGCUCCAGGCUUCCUGUGCCGCCCCCCGUCCUUUCUCCAGUCAUUGUAGGUCCACUCGGCGCGGCCCAUCUCGAGUCUCCUCGACGCGACGUCUGCAAGUGACAAAGACAGCCCGCACACUCCUAACCCCCCAGCAAACCGCCCAAUAUGCGUUACGAACCUGACAGCAAGGCACUCAUUGCCAAGUGCUCCACUGCUCCUCCUCCGGGCACCCCUUACGGCCUGCCCAUCCCCGGAUCCGAGCGCGAGAACCGUACUGCCGUCUACCGCAACUGGGCAUUCCGCGACGGCCCCUUGCUCGAGAGGCUCGAGGCCCACUGCCUGACCUUCCAUGAUCUCUUCGAGGAGGCAUGGCAGGCUCGCCCCAACAAGCGCAUGCUGGGCCACCGGCCCUGGAACCCAACCACCAAGACCUGGGAGCCCAAAUACGUGUGGCAGACAUAUGCUGAGAUUGCUGAGAGGAGGAAGAACCUUGGCGCUGGCAUCGCCGAGUUGCAUCAUCGCGUCGGCAUCAAUGCCCAGAGCUACGGUGUAGGCAUCUGGUCCCAGAACAGGCCGGAAUGGCAGAUCACAGAGCUUGCCCUGGUGUCGCAGUCCCUGUAUCCCGUGACGCUAUAUGAGACACUGGGACCUCAAACCACCGAGUUCAUCAUCAACCACGGCGAAUUGGCAUGCGUGGUUUGCUCACUGCCGCAUAUCCCGACCCUCCUGCAGAUAGCCCCCAAGAUUCCUUCGCUGAAGCUGAUUAUCUCGCUCGAUUCAUUGAACGACGGGGAGAUGAGCGGGCACUCCAAGCAAGAGCUCCUGAGCAAGAUGGCCGCCGACAGUGGGAUACAGAUCUUCUCGAUCGCCGAGGUUGAGGCGAUUGGUCAAAAUUCUGGACGUCAAAUGCGGCCUCCCCGCAAGGAAGACAUAUUCACCAUCAACUACACCUCCGGGACGACCGGCGACCCAAAGGGUGUCGUGCUCACUCACGCAAACGCUGUUGCUGGAGUCUCUUGUGCGCGAUCCUCUGGCACCCUUUCAGAUCGCGACGUCCACAUUUCGUACCUCCCGCUGGCCCACAUAUACGGGCGCAUGGCUGACCAGGCCGCAUUCAUCGCUGGCGCUCCUGUUGGAUAUUUCCACGGUGAUGUCACCGCCCUGGUCGAGGAUAUGAAGAUCUUGAAGCCAACUGGUUUCAUGUCGGUGCCCAGGCUGUUCAACCGUUUCCAGGCUGCUCUGACCACGGCAACGGUUCAAGCGGACGGGGUGAAGGGGGCUCUCUCCAGGCACGUCAUCAACUCAAAGAAGGCCUCCAUGAAGCUUCCGCCGGGCAAGGCAACGAACAAGCAUCUCCUCUACGACAGGAUAUGGACACCCAAGGUGCGGGCGGCUGUUGGUCUGGACCGUGUGCACUGGAUGGUCAGCGGCAGUGCCCAGUUGGAUCCCGAUGUACACCAGUUCCUACGAGCUGCUUUUGCCAACGAUUUCCGCCAGGGCUUCGGCAUGACAGAGACAUACGCCUGCGGAGUACUGCAGUACCAGGAUGAUUACACAACUGGCGUCAUCGGCGCCCCGAUGGCCUUUGUGGAGGUCUGCCUUGAAUCGGCGCCCGACUUGGAAUAUACCGUCGAAGACAAGCCCAACCCACGCGGUGAGUUGCUGCUGCGUGGGCCCAUCGUCUUCCAGGGCUACUACAAGAACGAGGCCGAGACGAAGAAGUCCAUUGACCCAGAUGGGUGGUUCCACACCGGAGACAUCUGCGAGCUCGACAAUAUGGGCCGGUUGAAGAUCAUCGACCGCAAGAAGAACGUGCUCAAGCUGGCGCAGGGCGAGUACAUCUCACCCGAGCGCAUCGAGAACGUCUACCUGGGCAGCACGCCCAUCAUCCAGACGGCCUACGUGCACGGCGACCCCAAGGAGAGCACGCUGGUCGCCAUCUUCGGUAUCGACCCGGAACAGUUCGCUCCCUACGCCAGCAAGAUCCUCAAGAGGACGGUCUCGGCCACCGACCGCGCGGAGCUCAAGGCCGCGGCCAACGACCCCAAGGUGCGAAAGGCGUUUGUGAAGCAGCUGGAUGAGUAUGGGAAGAGGCACAAGUUCAACAGCUACGAGAGGGUGCGGAACAUCUACAUGGACAUCGAGCCCUUCACGAUCGACAACGAGCUCCUGACACCAACACUCAAAAUCAAGCGUGUGCAGACGGCGAGGGCCUUUAGGCAACAAAUUGAUGAUAUGUACGCUGAGCUCGCGCGGCAGGGCGAGCUUGCGAAGGCCAAGCUGUAGAUUCUCGCUGAAACGGUUCAUUGUACAUCCUUUCUUUGGUGUAUUAGGCUCCUUAGACUGGUGGAUCAAGACAUGCGUGUAUAGAUGAAGGGAGAAUUGGCAUGUGAAGAAAGAUUAUAGUACUUGUACAAAUCCUUGCUAACAUUUGCUGUCUAUCCUA